AUGGUUUCUUUCAAUUUCCCACGUUUUAGGCGACCGGAUUUCUAUAAUUACCACUGCGAGAUUUUUGACUCAGAGAGAUGGUCAUGGAGGAGAGCAGAGGACAUCUUGUUGCCACAUGGGGAAAUGUUUGACAAUAACCAGUCUGUUUAUGCAAGUGGAUUGAUAUACUGGCUCACAACUGAUGAUAACGUCCUUGCCUUCAAUCAUGAACAAGAAACUUACCACACCUUUCCAUUGCCUGAGCUUGUAUGCAAGAAUUGCGAGUACUCAUGCAAGCAACUUGUAGAGUAUCAAGGAAAACUUGGAUUCAUUUGCAAAACACCGGAAGGGCAUAUACACUUAUGGGGUGUUUUAGACCGGAAACAUCCCAGAUGGAAAUUGAUAAAAGAAGUGAAUAUUGAUUUGCUUGCAAAGGAGGUAUCAUUUCCCUCCCCAGCAGGUUUCUACAAUGCAGAUGUAGCUCUUCUGAAGGCCUUCAGAAAAAUGAUAUUCUACAAGCUGCAAGAUUCUAGUUACAAUGAGAUUGAGCUGCUUGAUGGCCUCUGUUUUGCUGCUGAUGUUUUCCCAUUCCGGUCUGAUUUGGAGCCUGUCAACCUGAGAGGUCGAUGA